AUGAUUAUGAAGUUCUACCAGCACAUCCUGGCCUUGGCCUUUGCUGUAAAGGAGAUCAACGAGAACCCCAGCAUCUUGCCCAAUGUCACUUUUGGGUUCCACAUCUAUGAGAACUACCAUGAUGAAAGGUUGACCUAUCAGACCACUCUGGAGCUGCUUUUCAAAUCACACCAUUUUGUCCCUAACUACAAGUGUGACAUCCAGAAAAAUGUCAUUGCUGUCAUCGGGGGUAUUAACCGUGAGAGCUCCUUGCAUAUGGCAAACAUCUUGGAUCUCACCAAGAUUCCACAGGUGGAUACAUACAGGGGGAAGUGGGUCCCACCUCUGUCAGAGUGUAACACACACUGCCAACCUGGUUUUCAGAAGAAGAAAAAAGAGGGGGUGAAAUUUUGCUGUUAUGAUUGUUCUCCAUGCCCCAAAAGGAAGAUUUCAAGGCAAAAGGACAUGGUUCACUGUAUGGAGUGCCCAGAAGAUCAGUAUCCAAGCAAAAGCCAAGACCGAUGUCUGCCCAAGACAAUCAGCUUUCUGUCUUAUGAAGAACCUUUAGGGAUCAUCUUGGCUUCCAUUGCUAUGUCUUGUUUCCUGAUCACAGCUUUGGUUCUCACAACUUUUAUUAAGCACAAAGAUACCCCCAUAGUUAAGGCCAACAACAGAGAUAUCACCUAUGCUCUCCUGGUCUCCCUCUUGCUCUGCUUCCUCUCCUCUUUGCUUUUCCUUGGAGAACCAAACAAAGUGACCUGCUUCUUCCGACAAUCUGCUUUUGGCAUCAUUUUCACAGUGGCUGUUUCUUGUGUGUUAGCCAAAACCAUCACUGUGGUUCUUGCUUUCAUGGCCAUCAAACCAGGUUCCAUAAUGAGAAAAUGGGUGGGGAAAAGAAUGACCGAUGCCACUGUCCUUGCCUGCUCCCUCAUUCAAGCAGCCAUAUGUAUGGUGUGGUUAGGAACCUCUCCUCCUUUCCCAGAUUUUGACAUGCAGUCAAUGAAUGAGGAAAUAGUGGCAGAAUGUAAUGAAGGAUCUGUCCUCAUGUUCUAUAUUGUCCUGGGCUACAUGGGACUUCUGUCCAUCCUAAGCUUGACUGUGGCUUUCUUUGCCAGGAAGUUGCCAGACUGUUUUAAUGAAGCUAAGUGUAUCACCUUCAGUAUGCUUGUGUUUUGCAGCGUCUGGGUGUCUUUUGUUCCAGCCUACCUGAGCACCAAAGGAAAAUACAUGGUAGCUGUGGAGAUCUUCUCUGCCUUAGCCUCCAGUGCAGGGUUACUGGGUUGUAUCUUUUUCCCCAAAUGCUACAUUAUUUUGCUGAGACCUGAGUUUAACAACAGGGAGCAAUUAACAAGGAUAAGGAAAUAA